AUGGAGCACAGAGACACUAUGAUGCGCGCCAUUGAGCGCAAGCGGAGGCGCAGUGUGCGAAGAUUGGCGCCUGCUGGCCUCCUUGCUGCCGCCCUCGCUGUCCUCGGUCAUGCAGUGGCGCUUUCCUUCCUUGGGAACCCCUUCCGAAGCUCAGGCUCACCAUCUGCUCCUGCACCAGUGGACGCCGCAUCCAAAGACGAUCCGGCCGGCGUUCGGGAAUUCGAGUCAGCCGAUCGGCAAGAGCUACUGGCUGAUUUGGAGAGGCAAUGGUCCGUGCUCCACGAACGAUUGCAGGCUGGUCUUUAUCCUGCUGUGAUUGAUGACCCGUAUUUCACCAUUGAUGUUCAAGGACUUCUACGACGAUACCUCGUUGCAGCGCAGUUUGAUACCAAGGAAGCGAUUCGGCGGUUGGAGGCCACUGCAUUAUGGCGACGGGAUUGGAAUGUCCUUGACUACUACAGGACAGGUGCUGCUUCAGAGCUCUUCUCCGAAAGUACCAAUCCUGGAUCAGAAAUGUAUUUCGCUGACUCCCUUAUGGAGGACCGGGACGGCCGUCCUUAUGCUGCUGGUCGCCUGCGGUUUGCAAAUGCGGAGAACAUGCAUCCUUGGCAUCACUUGCGAGCGGGAGUCUUUGUCUUUGAGCUCAUGGCAACCAAGGUUGCGCAGAGAGGCCGAGGGCCUGGCUCGUACAUCCUGGACAUCGGCAGUAUAGGACGUGCUGGCAACGUCAGUGGAACGGCAGGGCUGGACCGAAACUACAACGAGGCCAUCAAUCCUUACUACGCUGCUGGGGCUGGAUCCAAGGAUGCGCCCUCGCCCGAAAUCCUGGAGGAGCUUGGCAGCCUUGACAAUGGCUUCGCAGUGCUGAAGGCAGCAAUCGCCAUUCUCAACCGGCAUUAUCCCGGCAUCAUCGGCAAGGUGUACUACCUCAACAGUGACAUGGUUUUCUGGGGGGCGUUCAAGAUUUUCUCGCGCUGGAUUGCUGACCGCGGCCACAUCACCUUCAAAUUCCUGGGCCCCCACGGUUGGCGUGAGGAGCCAUUGUCCAGGCUCUUGGACAACUAUGCUCCGGACCAGCUCUUCGAAGAGUGGGGUGGAACAGGGCCUCGGCUCAAUGGCGACGAGUUCUUGGCACGCGCGAUUGAGCGAUAUGAGAACGAGGCGGCUGCCCAGGAGUUGGUUGCAGCUGCCUGA